AUGGCCACUGCGUCAGCCAGUUGGUAUUCGAGCCAGACUGCUUUGGGCGAACCACGACAGACUUCAACAGAGCAGAAAAACGGGCCCCAGUCCUCCAUAGCCGACCUUACCUCCGAGACUGAAGACAUCAUGGAAGGUCCCAUCCUAAAGCUCCCCCCAGAACUAGUCCAGCAGAUUCUGGCUUAUCUGUCAGCCCAAGAGCUUGCCCGUGUAGCCGUUACCUGUCGCUCUCUCGCGGAUCACGUCAAUAACGAGCUGCUGUGGUUGAAUCUGAUCAACUCUUACUUGCCCGAGCCUAUUCAUGACCCUGGCCUUUUCGACUCCUUCCGUAGCCUCUACAUUGCCCACCAUCCCUGCUGGUUUAUUCCUAAGCACAAAGUCUGGUUUUCCGACACAGAACAUACAGGAAAUCUGAUUCUGGCGCGGUAUGAUCAUCGACGCGGGGUGAUCGAGGCAUACCGGGUCAUCGCAGAGCGGCGCUCUCAUCAAUUUCAAAUAUGGGACUGGAACCCCGAUGUUAUCAUACAAAGCUUUGAUCCGAGGGUCAGUCUAUGGUUGGACGACCCUGUCCUUUUGCUAAAGCCCCAGCGCGAGGGGCGGUCACGCUAUCUGCAGGGAGAGAUUCGCAUGCCCAUGGCUCUUGAGAUGCAGCAUGUCUUCAAUGCCUUUUCACCCUGCUCAAAAUAUCUGCCUCCAGACCUCGAUGGGAGUAAGCAGUGGCCACCACCAACCAUCCCGAGCAAUCAUCGAGUCUAUCGGGAUGUCGAGCAACAGCUACCAGAGUGGGAGCGCAAUCCUCGACAGCUAGAGGAGAUGUCAGAGUAUGGUUUCCGGAUCCGAAGGUGGGCGCAUUUUCGUCUGGGGGUUCCCAUAUUCGCCGCAGGUCGGAAUGAGACCCUCUCGACAUUUGCCACGCUCGACCCUGCAGUGUACACGCCAACACCGCGCAGGCCAUACCAAGGCAUUUGGGUUGGCGAUUAUUCAGCCCACGGCUGCGAAUUUCUGCUUGUGCUGCAACGCGACCGCGAUGGAUCGCUCGCGGCGGCCGAGCCGACUGAUGGCGAAGCGACGCUACAGGGAAGCCUCGAGGCUAUCAAGCUGACCGGUGACCCAAACGUACCACGAGGGGAGAUCUCCUUUGCAGCGGAUGACAUCGGCCCUGGCGGCCUGGUGCGGAUUGCUGACGAGGGCCUUUUCCAAGGAGCACGAAUCGUGCGCAGCCGAGGCCAUGUGGCGGGCCUUGGCUUCCGUGAUGAUACUUUUAUCUCGUCUCAACUGAUCCUGCUCUCAACGGACUGUGUGGCUCACUACUGGGAAACAAUGGGCCACAUCUCUUACUACCGCCGACUCGAUGUUGAUGCACUACUCCAGACGUGA